CAAGGAGGAAAAAAAAAGCCAGGAAAACCUGCGAGGCAGCAGGAUUCACAGAGAAAUAAGAAACCUGAGGCUUUCCGCAAGGCCCCGCAGGGCACGGCGAAAGGCGCUGGGGCCGAGUCAAAAGUCCGCGGGCUGCCCCGCCGCCGGGAGCGGGAGCGCCGCCAUGGGCACCGCGCCGGGCCAGCAGCUCCGCGCUCUCUUCUACGCGCUGCCGCCCGGAGAGAGCUCCUUCCCAACGGUGGAGGAGGUGCCCGACUACGUUGGGAAGAGUAUUCCGUUCUUUGUUGCUUUUAUUGGGCUGGAGUUUGUUGUCAGCUGGUUUCAGAAGAAUAAGCUGCCAGGUCGGAUCAAUGAUGGUAUAAGUUCUCUUUCUUUAGGUCUCCUGUCUCGACUGCCAGAUGUUUUAUUCAGAAGUGUCGACUUAAUUAGUUAUAUCUACGUAUGGAAUAACUAUCGACUAUUUAAACUACCCUGGGACUCACCGUGGACAUGGUAUUUGACACUCCUUGGAGUGGACUUUGCAUACUACUGCUUUCAUCGCAUCAGCCAUGAGGUUAAUAUACUGUGGGCAGCGCACCAAGUACAUCACAGUUCUGAAGAUUACAACUUAUUCACAGCACUGAGACAAUCUUUACUGCAGAAAUACACUUCCUGGAUUUUCAACUUGCCCAUGGCUCUGUUCAUUCCCCCUUCAGUGUUUGCUGUCCAUCUACAGUUUAAUCUGCUUUACCAGUUUUGGAUACAUACAGAGGUUAUCACCAACCUUGGACCUCUGGAGUGGAUUCUUAAUACUCCCAGUCAUCACAGAGUUCAUCAUGGAAGAAAUCCUUACUGCAUUGACAAAAAUUAUGGCGGCACACUUAUCAUCUGGGACAGGAUAUUUGGAACAUUUGAGGCAGAAGAUGCAAAAGUUGUAUAUGGCUUAACACAUCCAGUGAAUUCAUUUGAUCCCAUCAUGCUCCAGUUACGUCCCUUGGCUCAUAUUUGGAACACAUUUUGGGCCACACCUGGAUUGUGCAACAAGCUUUCUGUCAUAUUCAAAGGGCCAGGCUGGGGACCAGGCAAACCUAGACUUGGUCUUCCUGAGGAAAUCCCAGUGAUCACUGGAAAAGAAGUUCCUUUCAAUCCACGUCUACCAGCUUUUCUCAAUUGCUAUGCAGUUCUACAUUUUGCUGUAAUAGUGGACUUGUAUACUGAACUUCUUGGUACUGUGACUAUGUUGUCACAGGGAACUGUUCUCCUGAGGAUUUGCUUUAUCAUUCUGUCCGUAACUUCUUUUGGAGUUCUUAUGGAGAACAGGCCCAAAGCAGGAAUUUUGGAAAUCAUCCGCUGCUUAGUCUUCAUAGGUGUGUACAAACUUGGGUAUUUCAGGAGUCAGUUUUUUUCCUUGGGCUAUGCAUAUGAGGUGGUGUUUUCCCUCUCUGCCGCUUUCUGGGGAAUCCAGAUUAUGAAGCAGAUGACUUCAUCCAAAGAUAAACAUCACUGAACAGGAGAUCUAACAUCACUUUAAUUACGGAAAAAGUACUUUGGAAUAACCUUCUAAGUCUCUUGGAAUUAAUCAACCAAGAGUCUUACUAAUUGCAAUCAUUUAAUUUAUGUUAGGAGAGGUUUGUGAUUUCAUAUAAUGGUCUGAAAGAUUUGGUGGGACAUGUAUUCAUUUUCAUUUGAUUUUUUAAAAAAUAUUUAAUUCCCCUCCAGUUUAAGCAAACCGUUUGUUCACAACAUAUAUUUUUACAUUCAAAGGAUGACGAAGUCUCAGAAACAAUGUAAAACUAAUUUCAUUUUGCAGAUUUUGUUAGUAAUCAUAUGUGAAAAGUAUUUUUCACCAGGAAUAAUUAAAAUCAUAUUUGUUGUAACCAGGUAUAAAGUGACUGACUGUCUUCCUAUUGAGGCUAAAUGUAAACAUAUGUGAAUGUCAGUUUUUCCAUAAUGAUUGAAUUACACUAGAAUCUCAAUGUCAUGCCCAAUUCAGUGUUCAUAACAUAAAGCUACAUGAGGAUGAGUAGUUGAAGCAAGAAAAUGAUUAAAAACAGCAUGAUAAAAUAACUCGAACUAGUAUGAGUUGAAACAUCUUCAAUAAAAUUGGCUGAUGUAUGUGUUGUAUAAUGCAGACUUGCAGUUUAGACUGAAUUAUUUAAGUACACCUGCAGUUGCCAACUUCAGAUGCUAAUCAAGCCAGAAUUUACACAUGGGUAUCCCUUUGAGUAAUGUUACACACGUGACAAAAUAUUUGCAAGGCUGGGCCCUUAAUUUCUGGUAAUUUCCUGCUGGAGUGAUCUCAGGGGAGAUGCAAGUCUUGUCUUUCAGGAGCUGUUGGAAAGAUGGUUUGUACUAAGAUAGGAAAAUUAAAUACAAAUGGUAAAGGGAGUCUCCAAACAGCAGGACUGGCAAAAAUACUGGAGCUAGGUUGUUUUUCUUUCCUCACACUCUUCCAAUUUUUCACUUGGCUCCAAGAAUUUUAGAAUUGCUUAAAGUCAAGUAGCUAAAAAAUGUAGGCUGUCUUGCAUGCUUCAAAGUAGUAAUAAUAACUGUAUUAAAAAAAUGGGUUUAAGUUUGGGUUGGGUUUUUUUCCGCUAUUCUUAUGUUAUAUAAAUAAAAUUGAUCCAACCUCUAGUGAUAGUAUAAACUUAUAUUUGUGUAAAUGUUUCUUUUAAAAACUUGAUUUUUAAGUUAAUUCAUUUGUGUAUCAAAUACCUUGUGCCUAUCAUUUUAGUUUAUGCUCAAAGACCUUGAAAUAUUUGACAAAAAAAGCAGGUGUAUGCUUGACUAGAGAUACCUGGGAUGCAAAUUAAGGAUAAUACCUUGCUAAACUGAAGGCGUGUUUAAAUAGAGGACUUAGGUAUGGAUCUCACAUUACAUGAGAAGAUGAAAAAAAUGGCCCAUGAGAAACCUAGAAGAAAACAGAUUUUAAAUACUUAUUGAGAAGUUUAUUCAUAACAAGGUAGGCUUCCAAUUAUUUUUUAAGAAAUAAAUAUAUGCUUUUAUUUUAAGAAAUAAAUACAUAUUAUUUUUAAUAAAUAAAUACAUAAAUAAUUAUACCUCUGAAUUCAAGAGUGGGAAUAUAAUCUCAUAAUUUGGUACAACACCCAGAAGCGUUCUCUGGUACUACCAGUUUUGACCUAAACUUACUGUGUUUGACCAUGUUGUGUGGUUUGAACAAUUGUAUGGGGUCAGGUGAAAUCAGUUGAAUUAUGUGAGGACAUUCGUGAACAAAGUAUUGAUGCAGAACUAAUAGUUUUUGUGCAAGUAACUUUCUUUUAGAGAGCUGCUGUUUCAUUUUGCUGGAAACAAAAAUAUUCUGCAGGCUAAAAGCCUAACCUCACAUGUCUAAGUGAGAAAAUUUAUAAAUAACAUUUAUAAUAUUUGCAGUAUUGCUUAAGAAUUCCUUUUGGCUUUGUUUGUCGUUAAACUCCUCUGUGGCACACCUUGGGGGAGAAAUGUAGAUAAACAGAAUAUUUUUGCAGUAAGAGCAUUAAAAAAGUGACUUUCCCUGCUCUUUCCAGCUGUUGUAAUGUCAUAUCCCUACAUGUGGCCUUUCCUAGACUAUGAACACAGCAAUAUCACGUUAACGGGUACUCUGAAGUAAGCAGCUGAAUCCUCUGUUCACUUGGGAUCUGACUCUGUGCCAUUCCAGUCACCUAAAAACUUGCUGACCUCAGGAUCAGGUUAGACCAUUCCCUGUAUGAAAACAAGAAUGAAGUAAUAUUUACUGCAACUCAAACUUUUAUAUGGUGCAUUAAAUGAAAGUAACACAGUCGCGCAAAUCGGUGGGAUUAGGGACAACGUUACCUAAACCAGUAUCUAAAAGGAGGUACUUGACCUCUGUGCCUGGCAAGAUCAUGAACGGAUCCUCCUGGAAGCUAUACUAAAGCACAUGGAGGACAGGGAGGUGUUUUGAGACAGCCAGAAUAGCUUCACCAACGGCAAAUCCUGUCUGACUAACUUAAUGGCUUUCUAUGAUGAGGUGACCACAGCAGUGGACAUGGGAAAAGCAAUGGAUGUAAUCUAUCUGGACUUGUGUGAAGCCUUUGACAAAGUCCCCCACAACACCCUUCUCAGUCAACUGGAGA